AUCCCUUCCUCCUUGCCAUUAACAAAACAUUCACAAACACAAAGCAAAAGAAUUGACAAAACAAGUUCACAUUUGUUUUACUAAGAAAUAUGUCCGAAGUUAGAACAAUCAUUCUUCUUUCUUCAACAACUCUGUUUCUCUACUUACUCCACACUCUGAUCAGAUUCUUGAAUAAGAUAUGGCGGAAUCCGAUUCGAUUACAAACGACGAUGAGUUCACAAGGAGUCAAAGGUCCACCGUACAAAUUCCCACAUGGAAACACCAAAGAAAUCUCUAAUAUGAGAAUCCAAUCCAUGUCAAAACCAAUCGAUAAUUUUUCGCACGACAUAUUUCCGAGGAUCCAACCUCAUGUCUACGCCUGGACAAAGGCCUACGGGACAAAAUUUGUUACAUGGCAUGGUUCUCAAUGCCAGCUGUUCAUUACGGAGCCGGAGAUUAUAAAAGAGGUACUAAUGAACAGAGAAGGCGCUUUUCCGAAAAUGGAAAUGGAGGGUUACGCGAAGAAGCUGCUCGGCGAAGCACUUAUUACGAACGAGGGCGAAAAGUGGGCGAAAAUACGGAAACUAGCUAAUCACACUUUCCAUGCUGAGAGUCUCAAAAGCAUGGUUCCGGAAAUGAGUUACAGCGUGUCGAAAAUGCUCGAAAAGUGGAAGAAUUACGAAGGAAUCGAAAUUGAUGUGUUUAAGGAAUUUGGUCUGUUAACAACUGAGGUGAUUUCCAGGACAGCCUUUGGAAGUAGUUAUUUAGAAGGGAAACAUAUUUUUGAGAUGGUGGCAAAUUUAACUGCAAUAACUGUAAGAAAUGUAUAUAAAGUCAAAGUUCCUGGUAUAAGCAUGAUAUUGAAGUCGGACGAUGAGAUUGAAGCGGAUAGACUCGAGAAGAAGAUCAAGAGUUCGAUUCUUGAAAUUGCGAGGAAGAGGGGUGAAUUAGUUGAGAAUAUUGGAAGUGAUUAUCUUGGGCAGCUUGUGAAAAUUAGUAAUGAAUCCGAUUUGAAGAAGAGGAUUACGGUCGAACAAAUGAUCGAUGAAAUCAAGGCCGUUUAUGGGGCGGGACAUCUAACGACCACGAGCUUACUCGGGUGGUGCGUUUUCCUUCUAGCUUUAAAUACGGAGUGGCAAGAGAAAGCAAGAGAUGAGGUGAAACGAACUUUCGGUGACAAUAAACCCGAUUCCGAUGGGAUUGCAAGAUUGAAAAUAAUGAACAUGAUAAUCAACGAGUGUAUGCGCUUGUACCCUCCGGUUCUUACCGUGACAAGGAAAGUCGCAAAGGAGGCUAAAAUCGGAGAACUAAUAAUUCCUCCGAAUAUAAAUAUUUUCGUAUCGAUUCUUGCACUGCACCACAACCCUAAAAUAUGGGGAAAAGAUGUUCAUCUUUUCAGGCCGGAGAGAUUCUCCGAGGGCGUUGCUAAAGCGACCAACAACAACGGUGCUGCCUUUCUGCCGUUUGGUUUAGGGCCGAGGACUUGUGUAGGUUUGAAUUUCACAACCAAUGAAGCGAAGAUUGCGCUUACGAUGAUUCUGCAAAAGUACGAGUUUGUGUUGUCACCGAAUUACGUGCAUCACCCGACGGAUGCUUUUAUCCUUACUCCGAAAAACGGAGUCCAAGUCAUCCUCAAAGGAAUCUAAUUAGAGGAAAAAGCAUCUAAGUCUUGUGAAUAAAUGUUUCAAGAUUAUUUAAGUGUGUGAUGUGUUUUGGUGAUCAAAGUGUGGUUUAAUUUGUGUGUAAUGUGUUUUCUAUAUUUGUCAAGGUUGAUGUAAAUCAAAUCAAUGUUUGUUCUGCAAUUUCCACUAUUUUUAUUGAUUGUAGAAAUUAAAUGUUAAA